GAGGACAGAGUUUUGGACAUGGAACUGGAGAUGGAUGGACUGCGGGACGGUUACGAGAGGGGCUUUCACCUAUUCUCGGACGACGGAAGGCACUCACUCCAUGAAGACGAUCUGAGGCUGAGGUUGGGUGGCGGAGAGAGGCUGCCGAACCCGAGGGUGCCCCGGAGGAGGCGCGAGAGCUUCGAGAUGUUGGGGGAAGGGGCUCGCAGGAAGGAGGUCAGUCCCGGGACGAGAAAUAGGGCGAACUCGUGAGUCCAAGCGUUCCUGUUAUGUCAAUAACUGGCGUAUCCCUAGGGGAGGAUCUAACGCGCCGACGUCGACAAACCAACAGCAGAUAUCGCGGGCCCAAGCCGCAGUACAACAGGGUGCAUGCCCUGAUCCUUACUUGGUCGUUUCACGAUCUCCGGCUGGAGGACUACACGGCGCAGCCGGAGACCGAGUACGUCUCUCUCGAGCAAGAGACCGCCCGGCUGCGCGCCACCCUCGAGGGGUACGGUUAUGCGGUGCACGAGUACCUCAUCCCGAUGCACCGAUCCGUCGAGAGCCUCAAGACCAAGAUCAAGCAGUUCUGCGCUCGCUACGCGGCUGACGAUACGCUGCUGAUCAUCUAUUACCACGGCCACGGGGCGAUGGACGACGACAAUGAGUUGGUGUUUAGCAGCCACGAUCACCCGGAGAACGCCGAGUGGCUCAAAGCCGCCGCGGCCGAUCUGUACGCCGCCCUCCUGACCGGCGGCGCCUACGCGACUAAGGGCCGACUCGACAGCCGCCAAAACCUCCUCAAGAAAUACGAGCGCCUCCGUCCGAUCGCCUCGGUCCCCUGGUCGGCGAUCCGCGACCCGAUCCUGUCGGCGGCGUGCGACGUGCUCCUGGUGCUCGACUGCUGCGCCGCCGGCGGCGCCAGCCUGCGCCACCUCCACUGGCAGCCCCCGCCGGGCGCCGAGGCCUACACCAAGCACCUCUUCGCCGCCUGCGGCUUCGAGUCGAGCACGAGCGACGACAUGACGGCCGCCAUGUGCGAGGUUCUCGAGGAGUGGGUGCCCCCUCCGCAGUCGUCUUCGUCCUCGAGGAUCCAGUCGAGGGCUGCGUCGGUGGAUAGCCGUGUGGAUGACGACGAAGAUGAUGAUGUAGGGGUAGGAGGAGGGGGAGGAGGUGGAGCAGGAGGUGGUGGUGGAGCAGGGGGAGGAGCGGGAGGAAAAAAUAGUGGCAAUGGUGGACGAGGGAGAGGAGGAGGAGGAGGAGGAGAAGGAGUGGUAGGUGGAGGGGCCGGCCGGCCGGUGGGAGCGGGCCAGUUCUUGACGACGAAGCGGCUGCAUCAGUUGAUGGAGGACAAGCUGCAGAAGCGGUCGGUCGGGUCGCAGCCCAUCUUCAAGCAGCUGCUACCCCAGGAUCCGGAGCAAUACAUCACGCUGCCGAAGCUGCGGAGGAGAGAAGCAAGCACGGAGGACGUUAAGCUUGCGGAGCGCAGGUCGAGGGGCAGGAGGGGAUAUAUCAUCCCGUAAUGUGGAAACGGGCUUAGGCUGUGUAGCUAUGAGCUGAAUCAAGAAGCCAUAGAUGGCCCUGCACUAGGCGAGCUUCACCGAACCUUCAGGUCUGGAGAAUCGGGCGGCAUGGAAU